CUUCGCUCGCCUUCGCGUUUCCUGUCUGGGCGGAGGAGGUUUGGCCCUGCGACGCCGCCGUUCCCCAGCGGCGGCGGUAACCGUCAUGGCGGCGGCUCUCUCAAUGUCAGCGGCUCUGAGGCACCUUGUUGCGGUGAGCGGGGCCGCCGCGGCCCGCCGGACUCCGGCCAGGUCACUGAGCACUUCCACAUGGCGGCUGGCACAGGACCAAACUCAAGACACGCAACUCAUCACAGUUGAUGAAAAAUUGGAUAUCACUACUUUAACUGGUGUUCCAGAGGAGCACAUCAAAACCAGAAAAGUUCACAUUUUUGUUCCAGCACGUAAUGCAAUGCAGGCAGGAGUUAACAACACAAAGAAGUGGAAGUUGGAAUUUGAUAACAGGGAGCGCUGGGAGAACCCUUUAAUGGGUUGGGCAUCUACAGCUGAUCCUUUAUCCAACAUGGUUCUUACUUUCUCUACUAAAGAAGAUGCCAUUGCCUUUGCUGAAAAAAAUGGCUGGAGCUAUGAUGUUGAAGAGAAGAGAAUUCCAAAACCUAAAUCCAAGUCUUAUGGUGCAAACUUUUCUUGGAACAAAAGAACAAGGGUGUCUACAAAAUAGGUUGGCAUUGGCUAUCUGUCUGACUGUUAAUAAAGUCAGCUGUGCUGUAUUUAUAGUCCAUGUAUAAUACAUCUCUUAAUCUCCUAAUAAAUUUGACCUUUAAACUACA